AUGUCCGGAGCAGGAGGCCGUCGCCACCACGACAAGAUCUCCGACGAAGCGAGCAAGAACCACCCCGACUUCCAACUCCCAUGGAUACCAGCAAUACUCAAUGGGCCCAACGUUACCAUCAUCACAGAGACUCGUCGCAUAGAGAACAAUGGACAAGUCGCCAAUUCCAUGUUCAACGACACCCUCGUCCACUCUGAAGGCAUGAAAGCAAGAAUCCAGCUCCGCCGACCCUGCCUAGAACCAGACUCUCUCAGUGGCGUGGAGGACAUGCUGAUCAUAACCAUUGGCAAUGGUCUUGACGGGAAGUCGGGACGUGCUCACGGAGGAUUCAGCUCGUUGGUGCUUGAUCACAUCACUGGCACGUCUGCGGCACGGGAGUCCCAGUCCACGGCUCCAUCAACGGCGUACUUGCAUGUAGACUAUAAGAAUCCGGUUCCGACGCCUUGUGUGAUCUCAGCGCGGGCUUGGGUGACGGAGAUCAGUGGGAGGAAGGUUUUUGUGAAGGGUGUGCUUGAUGAUGGGAGGGGCACGGGGUUGGCGACGGCGAAGGCGCUUUUUGUAAUGGCGAGGACAGAGCCGAAGUCUUCGCUGUGA